AAAACUUAUGAUAAGUGAACUAGCAUUUGGUAAUGACGCAGAGGUGUCCAAAAAUUACGAGGAAAUCACACUCUAAAACAGGCAUUUGCCAUCUAAUCAGUGGAAGCAAAGAAAAAUAAAAGGAGCAUGCCCGAAAAACACCAAAAAGGAAGGAACUUUCAUAGUUUAUGGUCGGCUUUCGUGUCGGCAAAUGGCCUUUCACUUACUUUCUUGCAAUACCCGAAAUCCCUUUUUACCCGAUGUGUCCGCCUUGUAUCUUUGAUUCCAACGAAACCCCUCCACUUGAUUUUUCUUAGACUUUUAGACCACUUGAUCAUCACUGUUUAAGCAAAAGCUCUAUAUUUCUUUUAGCCUAAAAAAAAGAAAAAAAUCAAUACAAGAAACGCAACCUUUCUUCUUCUUUCAAUCUUAUAGUUCCCGUUUCUUAAAAAAAAAAAAGAAUCUUGUAGUUUCUUUCUUACUGGCCUUCUCUCUUUUAGACGCAGUUAAAAGAAAUGUCGUUCUUCUUUGGGUUAGUUAUUGGUCUUGCUGUUGGACUUGCCAUUGUUGUUGGUUUUGUAAAGUCAGAGAAUGCAAGAUCCAAGCGUCGUUCUGAGCUUGCAAGAACUGUAGCUGCUUUUGCAAGGAUGACUGUGGAGGAUUCACGAAAGAUAUUGCCUUCUGAGUUUUACCCUUCCUGGGUUGUUUUCUCUCAGCGCCAGAAGUUGACUUGGCUUAAUCUUCAUCUCACAAAGAUCUGGCCUUAUGUUAAUGAGGCAGCAUCUGAGUUGAUAAAGGCUUCAGUGGAGCCUGUUCUUGAGCAAUAUAGACCGAUCAUAUUGUCAUCUCUUAAGUUUUCCAAGCUUACUCUAGGAACUGUUGCACCACAAUUUACAGGAGUUUCCAUUAUUGAAGAUGGAGGGAGUGGCAUUACGAUGGAGUUGGAAAUGAACUGGGAUGGAAAUCCAAGUAUUGUUCUUGAUAUUAAGACUAGACUUGGUGUUUCUUUGCCUGUGCAGGUGAAAAAUAUCGGAUUUACUGGGGUUUUCAGGUUGAUCUUUAAGCCACUAGUUAAUGAGUUUCCUUGCUUUGGAGCUGUUUGUUUUUCUCUGCGACAGAAGAAAAAGCUGGAUUUUACACUUAAAGUUAUUGGUGGUGACAUAUCAACAAUUCCUGGAAUUUAUGAUGCUAUUGAGGGGACAAUAAGGGAUGCUAUUGAAGACUCUAUCACCUGGCCUGUUCGGAAAGUUAUUCCAAUUUUGCCUGGGGAUUAUAGUGAUCUGGAGUUGAAGCCUGUUGGGAUGUUGGAAGUGAAGCUUGUGCAAGCAAAGGAGUUGACAAACAAAGACAUCAUUGGGAAAUCGGAUCCCUAUGCUGAACUAUACAUACGUCCUAUACGUGACAGAAUAAAAACGAGUAAAACAAUCAACAAUGAUCUUAAUCCAAUAUGGAAUGAACACUUCGAAUUUAUUGUUGAAGAUGCAUCCACUCAGCACUUGGUGGUAAAGAUCUUUGACGAUGAAGGGCUGCAGUCGUCUGAGCUCAUUGGAUGUGCUCAAGUGCAACUAUGUGAGCUUCAGCCUGGUAAAGUGAAAGAUGUAUGGUUGAAGCUGGUUAAAGAUUUAGAGGUCCAAAGGGAUAAUAGAAACCGGGGGCAGGUUCACUUGGAGCUUUUAUACUGUCCAUUUGGUAUGGAGAAUGGCUUUAAAAACCCUUUUGCUCCCACCUUUUCAAUGACAUCAUUGGAGAAGGUUCUAAAAGGUGGUGUUGAUGGAAUGGAAAUCACUGAAAAUGGACAAGCGGGCACACAGAGGAGAAGGGACGUCAUUGUUAGAGGAGUUCUUUCUGUAACUGUGAUAUCUGCUGAAGAUUUACCUGUUGUAGAUUUGAUGGGCAAGGCCGAUCCCUAUGUUGUUCUAACAAUGAAGAAAUCAGAGACAAGGAACAAAACCAGGGUUGUGAAUGACAGCUUGAACCCUGUCUGGAAUCAAACUUUUGACUUUGUUGUUGAAGAUGGAUUGCAUGAUAUGCUAAUUCUUGAAGUUUGGGACCAUGAUACAUUUGGCAAGGACUACAUGGGAAGAUGCAUCAUGACAUUGACAAGGGUCAUUUUGGAAGGGGAAUACAAAGACAAGUUUCCGAUUGAUGGUGCUAAAUCUGGAACAUUAUAUGUGAACCUCAAGUGGAUGCCACAACCUAUCUAUCGUGAUUCCUAGGCGAACCUGGCAGCAGAAAAUGGCGGAACUCAGCCUGCAGAGGCUCAUAUUCUACUCAUGCAAUAGAUGCAUGCAGAGAAACAAUACUGACCUUGCAUAUUUAGAUGUCAAUAAUUUUUGCCCUAUGUAUAUGUGAGAGUGGACACUGUUAGUGUAUAUAACUACUUUUGCAAAAAUAGGCAAGGUUUAAGGCGAAGUAUUAAAGAGAACACAUCAUUCUUAUAUGUGGGCGGAAAAUAGAGGGGAAAUGCUGUUGGGGACUAUCUGAUUUUUGUACAUCCAGAUUUUGAAAUACUAAGAAAUGUCAACCAACAUAUUUCUAUUC